GAAUUAAUAGCACUAGCUGAGGACUUCGAAGAACUACGCGAAGAGCAGAAUGAAGUAAGUCGAGCACGAGAUAGCGAGGUAAUCUUCGGGCGUGUAGCAGUGGAAUGUGCACGACCGCUGAUAAUACAGAAGACCAUGAGACGCAUAGCCAAUACACCGAAAUGUGAUAAAAUCAUUCAUAGUCCAGUCUCCAAGUCACCUUUCCGCAGCCAGCAGCAACACCAGCCAAUCGCCAAGCAAACACCUGCAGAAACGUCUAGAAUUUUUACUUCAACUACUGCAGCAAGCAUAUCAACACAAAGCGUGCGACAUCGAAAUGACGCGGAACAACAUCAUGUAUCACCGCAAGAUCGCAAACUAAUCCCAGAAAAUCCAAAAAUAAUUAAGCAACAGCGAGUUCCACAAGAGCAAGAACCAUUACAAGUCCAAUUGAAACAAAUGCAACAAGAGCAAGAUCCGAGUUCAAUCAGGCUGCAAAUACCAGAAGUACAACAAGAACAAAGUCCUAAAGUCAAAGAAAUGUCAACAGAGUUUAAUAACCAGCGAGUAAUACGAAAUCAAGAAACAUUACCUAUCAAAGUGCAAAUACCAGAAGUACAACAAGAACAAAGUCCUAAAGUCAAAGAAAUGUCAGCAGAGUAUUGUCAACCACGAGUCAUACAAAAACAGGAAAUAUUACAAGUUCAAAUGAAGCAAGUAACGCAGCAACAAGAUCCAAGACCUAAUAGUGUACAAAAGGCGCAACGAUACCGAGAUCCAAGUCCCAUCAUGGUAGCACCUGAUGUAAAACAACAUCAAGCUACACAAGAACAAGCAGCACAGCACCAAGAUCUAAAACAUAUCAAAAAACAAAUACCAGAAAUACCACGACAACCAAAUCCUAAAUUCAACGAAAUGCCAGCAGAAUUUGGUCAACAGCUAGAUAUACAUGAGCACGUGGCACAACAGCAAGAUUCAAGACCUAGUAGCAUGGAAGAAGUACAACGACACCGAAGUGCAAGCCCUAUCAAUGUACCGCCAGGUCCAGAUGGAAAACAGCUACUAGAUACCCCAGAGCACGCAGUACAAGAAGUGUUUAACAUCUCGCAAGAACAACCACCGUCAAAGACUUCGCUAAUACCAUGGAAGCAAAAGGAUAAAAUUAUCAAAACGAAUUCAACAAAAGGUCAAAUAUAUGAUGAAAUACUUAGUCUUACCCAAUCAUUACCAUUAACACAACUACCACAGCAAAAGGAAAAAACAAUCCGCCUUCUAAAACAAGUAGGAGUAUGUUACGAGUAUCACGCAUCGAAAAAUCCACCUAGUAUUCAAAGUCGACAACAACAAGUGAAACAGCGAAGUGUAUUUCAACAAGACGAUCAUCACACCAAAGAGCAACACGACUUUUAUAAAAUAUAUAAGAGUCCAAAGCAACGUCACAGAAAUCACGCUGGCAGGUAA